AUGUCCGAAAGCACAGGAAAUAUGGAAGGCCGCUGCAUAUUUCCAAAACUAGAAGCUUCCUGCCCAGGAAACCCCCAAUUCGGGUCGAUCGAUAUGAAGCCGGAUUCUCUCGAAGAUAUCGCAAAAGGGACGACUAAAGAGAGUACCUCGUCCCUGUUCGAUCUGGUUCAGUGUGCGUGGUCCAUUCUUCUGAGCAAGUACACCGAUUCCGACACCAUCACUUUUGGGGUCAUAGCGAGUCCGAAGAUGGAUGUAAUGGACCAGUUGUUAGCAGUGAUAGACGAAUGCUCUCCGAUUUCCCACUCCGUCCGUCUUCAGAAAGUUCGGAAACUCCCAACGAUGGAGUGUGAUCACCAAGAGCAUUUCAAUACCUGUCUUCUCUUUGAAGAUGUCAUAACUUCAGGAUGGAUAUCAAACGCUGGCGAUGGUCUUUCCACCAUAGGCGAUAUUUCAGUGAUUGUGAAAUCGUCCGCGGUCACACCACAAAUCUCUAUGCACUAUUCCACUUCAAUCUUGGGCCAUUCCAUGGCUUCCAACGUGAUUGCCACUCUCAGUGAAAUCCUCAACUGCCUUUUAUGGAAACCGUUGCGGACACUUUCAACGUCGCAACUGUUGGGUGAUUCUCACCGCCAGCAAAUAUCUGCAUGGAAUGCCCGGUCACACACCUAUCCCCUUGAUUGUUGCAUUCACGCACUUUUCCAUUUAAAAUGUAUGCUUCAUCCUAACUCCCAAGCAGUGUGUGCUUGGGAUGGAGGUCUGAAGUACCAGGAGUUGGACGACCUGUCCUGGAGGGUCAAGGCACUAUUGACAGCACACAAUGUUGGGCCGGGAUCCAUAGUUCCGCUGCUUUUCGAAAAGUCUAAAUGGGCAGUUGUUGCGAUGCUAGGGGUCCUCAAGGCUGGUGCUGCCUUUGUCGCGUUGGACCCUGCAUACCCCGAAAAGCGUUUGCGGGACAUCUGUGAGGAUGUGGAAGCAAAUAUCAUCCUUUGUUCUGAUUGGCUUGUGCAGCAUAACUUAAAUUACACGACGAUAGCAGUUGGCGAUGGCACUGUUGCUUGGGGAACGGAUCCUGCGCGAAAUCAGUCACGAGUGCAGUCCCACGACCCUGCAUAUGUUGUUUACACGUCGGGAUCGACAGGGAAACCGAAAGGGGUUGUGAUUGAACAUGCUUCGUUCUGUUCUAACGCAGUUGCCAGUAGUAAAGCACAAAAUCUUGACAGCUCAUCCAGGGUGCUCCAGUUCGCCUCUUAUGCCUUCGAUAUCAGUAUUCAUGAAUGCUUGACGACGUUGAUAAUCGGAGGCUGCGUUUGUAUCCCUUCUGAGUUUCAGCGAUUGAAUGACUUGAAAAGUGCAGUCCAAAGCUUGCAAGUCAACUGGGCAGAACUUACACCGACCGCUGCCAAGCUGUUACGGCCAGAAGAUGUGCCGACAGUGAAGACUCUAAUUUUGGGUGGGGAAUCCAUGACAUCAACGGACAUAGCUUUAUGGAACGAAAAUGUGCGCUUGGUAUGCGCUUAUGGGCCUGCGGAAUGCACGGUUGUUUCUAAUGUACAACCCCAUGUGACCGAGCCUGGUAAUGUAGGAUUCUGCUUUGGUGGGUCAUGCUGGAUUGUAGAUAAGGAAAACCACAAUAACCUCGCAGCUAUUGGGGCCAUAGGAGAGCUCGUAAUCGGCGGGGCCAUCGUUUCCAGAGGAUAUCUCAAGAGACCCGAGCAGACAGCAGCUGCAUUCGUCACUGGGCCUCAAUGGGUAUCAGAUUUCGACAUAGGUGCAGAGCAACGGUUUUAUAAAACAGGGGAUCUGGCCAGGUACAGAUCUGACGGCUCAAUUGUCUACAUUGGACGGAAGGACACUCAAGUCAAGAUACGCGGGCAAAGGGUGGAGCUUGGAGAAAUUGAAUACCUCUCACAGCAAUGCCUCAAAGAAACAAUGGUUGUUGCCGAAGUUAUUUCCCACGAAACACGGAGACCUUCAUUGGUUUUAUUCAUGGCGACAAAACAGUUAUUUUCAGCGGAGUUGGUCUCCGGCAUCACCAUAUGCGAGCCGGAUGGAGAAUUUCGUGAAGAUGUAGCGCGCUUAAAAGUCCAUCUGCAAAAUGCGCUCCCAGCAUAUAUGGUACCUGCAGCAUACAUCCGAUUGGCCGCUAUGCCUGUGUCACAAACAGGAAAGGUAGAUCGGCGGGUUUUGCAAAAGGCUGUCAGCGAUCUAUCAGAGAACCAGCUAAAGGAGUACCGCAUGGUGACCAGUGUUGACAGAGGUUUCAGCUCGGCAGAAACUCCUGUCGAGGAGCUGGUCCAACAGUUACUGGCAACUACUCUUGGUCUGCCAUUGACUGCCGUCGGAAUGAAUGAUACCUUUUUGAAACUGGGUGGAGACUCUGUCUCUGCAGUCAGCUUGGUAGAAACUGCUCGCCAAGAAGGGCUCAAACUGACAGUGGAAUCCCUGUUCACUGAUCAAUCAAUAUCCAAGUUGGCAUGUAAUAUAGCAGAAUGCCAAAUAUCCCACGAUCAACCACCGCCGCCGUUUUCCCUGUUGAACGCCCUGGAAAAGGACUCAAUUAUCUCAAGCGCAGCGGUCAAAUGUUGCAUCCGCCCUGAAAAUAUUCAAGAUAUAUAUCCCUGCACGCCCCUGCAAGAGGCUCUCAUCGCAUACACGGCAAGGACGCCCGGCUCACUUCAAUGUAGUUUUCGUUUCCAAUUGCCAAGGGACCUUGACGUGGUUCUGUUUAAAAAGGCAUGGGCAGAAGUGUGCAACGCAAAUCCUAUUUUACGCACGAGAAUUAUCAUGGCAGAUUCACUCCAAGCAUUUCAAGUUGUUAGUUUCGGAGUGGAGCCACCGUGUCAAUCAAGUGAAAAUGAAUCGGAAUUUCCAGAAACACUCAUGUCGUUCGGGACUCCGCUAGUUUCAAGUUCGAUCGUCGAUAAAGGGAAUGAGAUCGAGCCACUGACCUUCAUCCUCACAAUUCAUCAUGCCCUAUUUGACGGAUGGUCAUACCAGCGGAUCUUGGAAGCUACCGAAAAUGCGUAUAAGGGAACACACAUGCCGUCGCAGCAGCCUUUCGCGUUAUUCAUCGAAUACGUCAACAAUUUAGAUCUAGAACUCGCGCGUGAUUUCUGGACAGAAGAAUUUCAAGGAUUGAGAACGGUUGGGUUUCCAUCCCAAUUCCUCUCGCCAGGCUAUACUCCAAAAGCCACCAGAACCGCCACCCGGUCCAUCAUGGUUUCCAAAUGGCCUAACGGCAGAUAUACAUCAUCCACAGUGGUCAGGUUGGCGUUCACUGUUCUUCUUUCAUGGUAUAUGGAAACCAACGAUGUUGUUUUCGGGAUCACCGUGGCUGGUCGCGGUGCUCCGGUCCCUGGGAUCUAUCAAAUGACGGGGCCCACAAUAGCGACGUUUCCGCUCCGUACUAUUCUCCACCCUCAUCUAAGCAUCGAGGAGACACUGAGUGAAAUGCAAGCGCAUGCGGCGAAACUGAUUCAGUUCGAGCAGACAGGCUUGCGACGGAUCAGAAGUUAUGGAGGGGACGCAUCUUCAGCGUGCGACUUCCAAAGUUUGCUCGUUAUACAGCCGCAAAAGAGUACAAUUUCUUCCGAGCUAUUCAUUGAAUCUCCAAACAAUUCUGCUGAACAGCUGAAAUUGAGCACCCAUCCACUAACAAUGGUGUGCGAACCUUCUGGAGAACGAGCGUUGCUUGUCACUGCAAUUUUUGAUGGUUGUAUUUUGGACCACGACGCUGCGCAGAUAAUGUUGGAACGCUUUGAGCGCGUCCUUCACGAUAUUACAGAUAAUCCGGGACAAAGAAUUAGCUGCGUAAUUCCUGAUAUGCCACCAAACCCCGACGCCUGGAUGAAUGAAUCGGGUCUCUUGCGUGACGUUGAGUACCAAGCGCAAAAAUAUCUAGGCGAACCGUACCAAGUAGUUGUUGACAUGGUUUGUCCAAAAGAUCUGUGUACAGGGAGGCUUGCUGUAUUUGUUUGUGAAAAUCCAGGGCACCAAAGCAUAGAGACAGAGCUGUUUGCCGUCCCGGAAAAUACCUUCAAGCUUAAACUCCGUGGGUUGAUAGAAUAUAUGAACAAAGCUAUUCCUGGGAGUAUGUUGCCAAUUUUAUGUCUUCCAAUCAAUUAUUUACCGUGGACCGCUGCCUCCCAGCUCGACAGAGAUCUCCUGCAACUCGCAGUUUCCAAAAAAGACCUAGGUUCUCUCCAACAACUCACGGCGUCGUUCCCCAAUCAAUCUCAGGGCGCAGCAUCAGACCGUGAGGAAAGAGUUCGAAAAAUUAUUGCACGAGUCAUCGGCAUAGACACAGAUGCCGUUGGGAUCAACGAUGACUUCUUCAACCUAGGCGGUGACUCCAUCUCGGCAAUACAGGUGGUCACUCUGUGCAGAGAAGAUAGUUUAUUGCUGACCGCCUUGGAUGUCUUCGACGCUAAAACUGUCAAACUCAUAGCCUCGAAAGCAAAGCCUUCUACGAUUCCAACACCACCAUCAACACCCAGUGAAGGUGGACAGCCGAUGGUCCGGUUCCCCUUGUUAUCCUUGGCACCUCCUGAGGAAGAGGAACUCGAAUUAAGGCUCAAAGAGAACUUGGGUAUUUCUUACGACGAAGUAGAGGAUGCGUACCCUUGCAACCCUGUACAUGAGGGGCUUCUCAUCACUCAGUCGUUGAAUACAUAUAAGUACCGGUCAUAUACCAUAUGGGAAGUGACUUCAAAAGUUCCCCAGUGUUCCAUAUGGCCAAUGCGCUUAGUAAAAGCCUGGACAGACAUUGUAAGGCGCCACCCAGCCCUGAGAACCAUUUUGGUUAAUCGCGGAACCAACGGCCAAGGGAAAACACAUAUCGUGCGGAAGGUGCUAAAUACUGACCUCCACGUUCUGUCAUGUACUGAUAACGAAAUUAUGGACAUAUUGCGCAAGUCUUCCGUGAGUAAUGAGGUGAGCAGUGCUCCUCCAUAUCAAUUCACCCUGUGCCAAACCGAUACUGGUAGGCUUUAUUGUAAGCUCGAGGGUAGCGAUGCCUUUCUAGACGCAGCUUCCCUCCUAAUAAUUUUACGGGAAUUGUCACAAUCAUACGAAGGACGGCUCUCUUUCUCUGCAGGUCCAUUGUACAGUCAGGCCACUGCGUACUUCUGCGAUGCCGUGAGGUUCAGAGGCCAGAUAGACUACUGGAAAACCCAAAUGGUCGAUAUGCAACCGUGCAUAUUUCCCCGACACCAAAGUGACGAAUUUCAGAGAGAACUUCGCACCAUGAAAAGAGCAGCUACUGACAAAGCUUUGCUAGGUCGCUUUUGCCUUGAAAAUGGGGUCACCAUGAGCAAUGUUUUUCAGACUGCCUGGGCUAUGGUACUGCGGAAAUACACAGGGUUGGACGACGUAUGUUUUGGGACAGUUGUUUCUGGGCGGGAUGUUCCUAUUCCCGAAAUCCACAAUGUCGUUGGCUCUUUUUUCAAUGUACUUGUUUGCCGAUUACGUUUCACAGCGCAAGGCAGCUGCCGCGACGUUUUGGUGAGAAAUCAGGCGGAGCACGGAACCAGGCUUCGAAAUGGGAAUUGCUCCCUGAUAGAUGUUUUGCAACUUUCCAAGUAUUUCGGCAAACCGCUAUUCAAUACCUGCAUAUCGGUAGAACAGCCCUUGUCAAAUGAAGACGAGAGCGAAAUUUGCUUCAAAGAGGUAGAAACAUACGAAGCGACAGAGUAUGACAUUAUUAUCAAUGUAUGCGUUGGGAAAAACACGGUCGAAGCAACAUUCACGUAUUGGGCUUCGGCAUUGGAAGAUUCCGAGAUCAUUACCGUUGCGGACGAAUUUAGAGAAUCUGUAGCACAAAUUCUCCUUUUGGGAGAAGCAACCGAAUAG